AUGACCAUUCGCUCCACGAACAAAACAAAAGAAUCUGUUUCAUCAGCAACUACAGUUACCAAUCGAGCUACCGAGGCCGACCCUUUUGGACUUUACACGCCACAGCAGCCACCAGUUGUCGUCGAAGAGGAAGACGUUACGGUCGUACACCCAUUUGCUACCGCAAUCGCGGUCGAUACUCCGUUAGCGUUGACAAUGUCGCACGCAACUUCAGAUCAUGUUACGUCAGUGCCUGCAAACCAUGCAACAACGACAUGCAGUCCGUAUGUGCAAUCGUCAAAUUACAUAACGAAUGCGACGCCGGUAAAGGCAACAGCAUAUCAAUCAUUGUCGCCUUCCGCCACGAGUAUCAAUAAGGACACCGCAACGUGGAACAAGCUCGAUUCGUAUCCGACUGAAAAACUACAACGUAUGAAGCGCCGCCGAAAACGCCGCACUGUAAUAGCAAGCGUGACGGGAGGUGCAGUGGGUUUCGUUUUCCUGGGGCCGCUUGGUUUGGCCAUUGGUGCCGUAUCGGGUGCUGUCCUCACGAAAGCUACUGGUAAAGCUCGAGAGAAACGAGUUGCUUCCAAUUACGAACGGCAGCACGGUAAACCAACAGCUGGUAGAAGCGUUCCCGCUCAUCGAGCAACAGUUGCGUAGAUAAGUCGAUGAAUGGAUAGAUUUUGGAAUUUUACG